AGCCACCCCAGGGAGCCCCUGGAGGGGGUGAGCUGCCUGUGCCUGGAGGUGGGGACCAUAGGUCCUUCCCAGCCCAAGGGCUCCCGGAAUCCACACAGCAAGCGCUGCCCAGAGCUGGGAGGUGCCCUGGAGGUUGGAUUGGGAGAGGAGAUUCAGAGAUGAGCGAGGCCCCACCUCGGCCAGGGAAGUCCUGUCCAGCAGAGCAGGCGGGACUUGUGGCUCAUACCCGGCGAUGUGAUCAGAGGAGGGAGCAGGAAGGUGGCCUUGCAGGAGCCAGAGCUUGGGGGCCCAGGCCUCAAUGCCAGAAAAAUAGAAAUUUGGACUUUUCUCCCACAGGGGGCAGUUCCCCCCCAGCCCCUGCCCCCAAGACACACACACACACACACACACACACACACACACACACCACACACACAGACACCACACACAGACACAUACCACACACACCACACACAAAGACACACACCACACAGACACACAUACACCACACACAGACACACCACACACACAGACACACACCACACACACAGACACACCACACACAGACACACCACACACAGACACCACGCAGACACACCACACACGGACACACCACACAGACACACAUACACCACACACAGACACAUACCACACACACCACACACAAAGACACACACCACACAGACACACAUACACCACACACAGACACACCACACACACAGACACACGCCACACACACACCACACACACAGACACACCACACACAGACACCACGCAGACACACCACACACAGACACACCACACAGACACACAUACACCACACACAGACACACCCACACACACAGACACAUCAUACACACACCACACAGACACACACCACACACACAGACACCACACACAGACACACACCACACACACAGAUACACCACACACACACCACACAGACAACCACACACACAGAGACACAUACACCAUACACCACAGACGCACACCACACACACACACCACACACACAAAUACUAGACAUACACACCACACACACACACCACAGACACAUACACCAUACACACACCACACACAGACACACCACACAAACACACCACACACACACACACACGUGCACCACACACCACACACACACGAGCCGAGCAAGGGACAGCCAUGCUGUGUGAUCUGGGAGGGUGGCUAACCCUCUCUGAGUUAUUUAUAAAGGGCGGGAAACCCAGGCCUGCCAAUCAGCGGCCUGAACUGAAUGCUCUUAUUGGUUUAGAGAUGGACAUGUGACCCUCUCCUGGCCAAUCAGAGGCUUUCCUGCUGGAAGGGCUGCUGGAAGCCACCUUCGCAAAUUUCUUCCUUUGGCUUUAGAGCCCCAAAGCAGUCUUUGACUUAAGCUGCUUUGCAUUCUCUCUGUCCUGCCAUCAAGGAAGUUCUGAGCGGCUCAGAAGUAAUACUGACAAUGUAUGUAGCGCCCUUCCCACGCCAGCGGCCAUUCCCCAUGGGAGGGGCAGUGCUGGCGGUGCCCUGGGUGACCGGGACGAGCUGCCGCCCCUCUGCCGGCCUUAGUGCCCUUGUCUGUGAAAUGGGGCGAGCAGUUCCUCUCUCAGAGCUGCUGCGAGGACUGAGUCUCUGAGCUCAGGAUUUUCAUCUCUCUGAGCUCCAAAACCACGGGCAAAUCACACCCUCUCACUCUCAGCUUCCUGAUCUACAAGACAGGGAUGGUGAUAGAGUACUCAACUCCUAGGGCAGUUGUGGGGCAUGUGAAGCAUUCAGCCCAGGGUCUGGCACCCUGAAAGGGCCAAACCUGUGUGAGCCACAGUUUUAUGGUUAAUCAUCAAUGGCUGUCUAAGAAAGCCCCAUUCAGCUUGAACCUAGCUCUCCAGGAAGAAGUCACUGACACCCUCCUCACACACCCCCAUCGGCCCUCUUUUGUUCACCCCCCAAAGUGAUGUGCAAGGAAUGAGUCUUUGGGGGGUGUGUCCAUCAUCACCCACUGGGGCUGCUUGUGUCUCCAGCCAUCCCUCCGAGGAAUUCUGCCCCAGACAGCAGAGAGAUGGGGGGCAGGGGACACAUGGCCAUGGGGACAGAGAGCCCUGAGAGGGACUGGGGAAUAGAGACAUCGUUUUCAAAUAAUUGCAGCAAUCAAGAGAGACUCUACAUCCCAUCCCAGACAAAGGGAGACCUGUGAGUCCUGAGUGAGGCAAAAUUUGACUCGAGCCAAGUAGCUUGGGCAGGGAGAAAAUGAGAGAAUGGAGCUGGGCACAGUGGUUCACACCUGUAAUCCCUGCACUUUGGGAGGCCAAGGCAGGCAAAUCACCCGAGGUCAGGAGUUCCAGACCGGCCAGGCAACAUGGUGAAGCCCUGUCUCUGCUAAUAAUAUGAAAAAAAGUUAGCCAGGCGUCCGCGUGCCUAUAAUUCCAGCUACUCAGGAGACUGAGGCAGGAGAAUCUCUUGAACCUGGGAUGCAGAGGUUGCAGUGAGCUGAGAUCACGCCACUGCACUCCAGCCUGGGCGAGAAGAGUGAAACUCUGUCUCAAAAUAAAUAAAUUAAUUAAUAAUCUUAAAAAAAAUAAAAAGAAAACUAGAGAAUGAUGACUUCUGUUUACCACGUGCCUGGUUUCCUGUCCUGUCUGUGAUCCUACUGCUGUUUGCUGUCAACUGUUCCUGCUUCAGUGAUAUUGGAAGGGUUCGGGGAGGAUGUGGGUCCCCUCCUUGCCUCCUCUGGGCCUUCCCCUGUUUCUGGCCUGCUUCAUCUCCACCCUCAUCGGAUCAGAGCUCCUUGGGGGUGGCCCCUACACCCUGCGGGGCUGAGCAUCGGGAGGUGUGAGGGUUGCUGAAGGCUGGGGGUUGGUGCUUUUCUUCAUUCAGCAGUCGUCAUUUAUUGAGCACCCACUGUUUGCCAGGUCUUUGGCUGAGCAUUUCAAGCCCUGCUCCAUGGGCCCAGUCAUCCAGGGACUG